UUGCAGAUUAUUGAAGGUGCUAAAAAAUUUGACGUAGCAAUAAUCCCAAUUGGUGGUGGAACAUCGGCAGGUAUAGUUGGACAGAAUUUGGAAAGAUUGCUUAAUGAGAAGGGCUUCACUUGUGGUCACGAGCCAGAUUCGGUGGAAUUCAGCACUCUUGGUGGAUGGGUUGCUACAAGGGCAUCCGGAAUGAAGAAAAAUAAAUAUGGAAAUAUUGAGGAUUUGCUAGUCCAUGUUACCUUAAUUACUCCACAAGGAUAUAUCCGCAGGCAGUGCCAAGUUCCCCGAAUGUCCAGUGGUCCAGAUUUACAUCAAGUAGUAUUGGGUUCCGAGGGGAUCCUCGGAGUAGUUACGGAAGCAACGAUAAAGAUAUUCCCGAAACCUGAAGUGAAAAAGUAUGGUUCUCUCAUAUUUCCAACAUUCCGGCAUGGCGUCAACUUUUUUCGUGAAGUUGCAAGACAGCAUUGCGAAUGCGCAUCGUUACGGUUGGUCGACAAUGAGCAGUUCUCAAUGGGCCAAGCGAUGAAAAUUGAUGAUGGUUCGCUUUUUCAAGGCUUAAGAAGAAAGAUGGAAAAAUUGUACGUUACAUCCUGGAAGAAUUUUAAGGUAAGCAACCUCAAAAAUGAGGAAGUGCCAUUAUCAUUAGAUCCUUAAUU